GGCGGCGCCACAGGCCGGAAACCACAGCGCAGGACUGGGUAUAAAGGGGACAGGUGGCAGGCCAGGCAUGCACCGAGGUCAUGGCGCUGCUCCUGCUAAGCCUGUGGCUGAGCCUGGUCUCUGCCCAGGACCUCAACCCCCGAACCAUCGUGCGGAGAAACUAUGACAUAGCCAGGGUGUCGGGGACCUGGUACUCCAUCUCCAUGGCCUCUGACGACAUGAAGCGCAUAGAAGAAAACGGGGACCUGCAUGUCUUCGUGCAGAGCAUCGAGAGCCUCGAAGACGGCCGUCUGAAGUUCAAUUUCCACUUCAUACGGUCCGCAGGCUGCACGGGGAGUGCGUGGAGGUGGCCGUGGUCUGUGACAGGACGGACAGGAACGGGGAAUACACGCUGGCCUAACAUCAGAAACGGGACAAAGACACAAGUGCUGGCGCUCUACGGACGGCUCUCAGAGCUGAGACCCAGCUUCCUGCACAGAUUUGAAAAAGUCUGCAAAACCUACGGGCUUGGCCCGGAAAAUAUCAUCAGCCUGAGCCAUCAAGAUCCCUGUUACAGAUACAGGAGGUAGAGGAGACCACCCAGGCCUUCGCUUUGCAGCCCCGCGUCUGAACCCCAGUCUGAGCUGCCCCGGGAGGCCCCAGCUCCUCGGCCCGUGAGCACAUCACCCAGCCUCAGCUCCGGAGUCACACGGCUCCUCCUCCGUGGCCCCGUCUCUCCUCUUCCGUCUCCCGCAAGUUCACCUGCGGUGGAUGUAGCCCUCCCCCCUCCCCAAUAAUCCAGGUGACCCUGUCUCAGGCCUUAAUCACAUCUGCGAAGCGCCUUCUCCAUAAAAGUCCCUUCUCAGGUUCUGGACGCUGAGCUCUGACUAUGGACAUGUGGGGGGCUCCUUCUCCAGCUGCCCACCCUCCUCAGGCACCAGCCCCACCCCAGCCAAGAUCACCCCCUCCUUCCCCGGGAACUGGUCCCCGGAGCCAUCUCACCCGAGAAGUGGGGGCCCCGAGCGCCCCUGAUGAGGGUCCAUGAGGUUUGGGGGGAGGUCCCAAGGGAGUGCGCCGGGCCCCCACCUCUCAGCGAAUACAUGGGGGAGGGUCCUGACCAUCCCCAGGUAUUUCCUGGGUUAAAAGCACCCACCCUGAGAGACGUGACAAAGUGACACACAAAAACCUCUACGCGGCUCUGCCCACGGUCACCCAGCUGUGAGAGCCCACAUCCCCCCGCAGGCAGGUGGCUGGAUAAAGUGAGGUCUGGCCACGCACCAGACACAGCUCCACAUGAAAGGCGUGGGUCCAGGGGUCUCAGGGAAUUGUGUCAAGCAGCCAACCCCAAAGGCAACGCUGUGGAUUCUGUUGGCAUGACAAUCUCCAAGUGACAAAACUGGUGACCUAGGGGGAUUGGGAUGGGAGGGGCCAGAGGAGGUGGGUGUGGCUUACAAGGGCAGCAGGAGGGGCUCAUGUGGUGGGUCGUUCUGGAUCUGGACUGCAGUGGACAUAGCCUGGCACUAAAUCCACACACCCUCGGUGCCUGGGAUGGGGGAUCCGCACGGGGAGAGUGGUACCGACCCCGGCUUCCGGUGGCUGCUGUCCUGCGGUCCCGCAAGACGUCAGCACCAGAGGCUGGAUGACGAGGAGGACCAGGGGUCCCUCUGUACUCAUCCUCACAGCUGCGCAUGACCCCGCACCUUCCCUCAAAUAAAAGGUGAGUUCCCGCCGUGGCUCAGCAGUAACGAACCCGACUAGUAGCCACGAGGACGCAGGUUGAUUCCUGGCCUCGGUCCGUGGGCUGAAGAUCUGGCGUUG